GGUCCAAUUAAAUUUUAAUUAAUAUGGGGUUAAACUUUUCUAUAUUGGAGAGUGCUCUCCAAAAUUGGAGAGUAGCCAUCGAUAAUGGAAGAGUAUAUCACGGUUUUUUCCAUGUGUGUGUGUGUUUGUUUACAAUUUUGAAUUUUGUGAUAAUCAAAAGUAUCAAAGUUUUAAUUUCAUAUUUAUUGAAUCAUGGGCAAAAAACAACAUCAAAAAGAUAAAUUAUAUUUGACGGCCACCGAAUGGCGAACAUUAUAUGGCGGUAGACGUGCCAAUGAUGAAUAUCAUACACAUCAAGAAGGUUUAGAAUUUAAACGUUUACCAUAUGAUCAUUGUUCAUUAUCAUUACAACCAUUUCGUGAUCCAUAUUGUACAAAUAAUGGCGUUAUAUAUGAUCUAACAAGUAUUGUUCCAUUUAUCAAAAAACAUGGUAUCGAUCCAUGCACAGGUGAAAAGAUUGAACUGAAACAAUUGAUUAAAUUGAAUUUUCAUAAAAAUACAGAAAAUCGUCAUCAUUGUCCAGUAUUGUUUAAAGUAUUUAAUGAAAAUACUCACAUUGUUGCCAUUAAAACUACAGGAAAUGUUUUUAGCUAUGAAGCUGUUGAACAAUUGAAUUUGAAAACAAAUCACUUAUUCGAUUUGAUCACAGAUCAACCAUUUACUAAAAAAGAUAUUAUCGAAAUUCAAAAUCCGCUUGAUUUGAAAAAAUUUAAUAUCAAUGAUUUUUAUUAUGUUAAAAAUAAUUUAAACGUUUCGGAUGAUAAUGAUGAAAAAUCAAAUCUUCGUACAAUCAAUCCUGAAACAAGAGAAACAUUAAAAGAAUUGAGCACUAAAGAAGAAAAUGAAUUUCUUAAGAAUUUAUCCCAAGAAGCGCAAUCAUCGAAAUCGAUAUCUAAAGCAAAGACAGAUAAAUUCAAUGCAGCACAUUAUUCAACUGGUCAUGCUGCCGCAUCAUUUACAUCGACAGUUAUGCCGGUCGUAUCAACUGUUGAAGCUGCCCAAAUGGAUCAAUACGAAAUUCGUUAUCAAUUUGUCAAGAAAAAAGGUUAUGUUCGUUUGGUUACUAAUUUUGGUAAUCUAAAUUUGGAAUUGUAUUGCGAUAAAGUGCCACGUACAUGUGAUAAUUUUAUUCAACUUUGUCGUCGUGGUUAUUAUGACAAUUGUCGAUUUCAUCGAUUGAUUAAAAAUUUUAUGCUUCAAGGUGGUGAUCCAACAGGCACCGGUAAAGGUGGUGAAUCAGCUUUUGGCAAAUGUUUUGAAGAUGAAUUCUGCAAAUUAUAUUCACAUGAAGGAAGAGGUGUAUUAAGCAUGGCUAAUAAUGGACCAAAUACAAAUAAAUCACAGUUUUUCAUAACAUUUCGUUCAUGUAAAUAUCUUGAUAAUAAACAUACAAUUUUUGGACGAUUAGUUGGCGGAAUGGAUGUAUUGAAUAAGAUUGAAUCAAUAAAAACGGAUGCCAAAACUGAUCGACCAUUAGAAGAUAUUAUUAUACUGAAGACAAUGAUAUUUGUUGAUCCAUAUAAAGAAGCCGAAGAAUUGAUUGAAAAUGAACGAAAACAAGACGAGAAAAAACAGCUACAAUCAUCAUCUAAAAUGAAAAAGAAAGAUGAUAUACCGAAAAAAUUACGUAAAGGUGUUGGUGCAUUCAUUAAUUUAAAUGCCAUCGAUAACAAUGAUAACGAAGACGAGACAAAUAUUCCCAAAAAGAUUUUAAAAUCUAAAACAACAAUAAAAUCAACAUUUGGAGAUUUUAAAAAUUGGUAAUCACUUUAUUUGAAUUAUUUUUCAAUUAUUUCUGUACAAUUUAUUAAAAAUGAA